GACAUCGAGGCGGAGAUAUCGGACGUGGGCGCUCAGGUCUCGUUCCACGUGUACGCGGACGGCACUGGGCUCGGCGCUUCGGAGUGCAGGCCCGUCGGGAGCGCGGGGGUGGCCAAGACGAUCCUCAAGAAGUCUGUGUCUCAGGAUGCCAAAAGCCUCGGCGCUGUGGACCCCGUGCGCGGAGCACGCACCCGCAUAUCCGACGAGCCGGUGCGGGGCAGCAUCAAGAUGUGGAAGGGCGCCUUCGGCUGGAUCACCCCGAACGAACCGAUCGCCCACCCGCUCUUCAAGGGCGAGAUUUAUUUGGGCGCAAAGGACGUGGAGAACCCGGAAACGCUGGCGCUGGGCACAGAGGUGCAGUUCUACGUCUACGCCGACUCCCAGGGCCUGGGCGCGGAGAACGCGACGCCGUGGACGGACGCCAUCACGACCACCGAGAUGCCGAAGGGGCCGGCCGCGUCGGUCGCGAGCCUGGGCGGCUCUGUGCUCAAGGCGAAGCCCAAGGGGAUGGCGUCCAUUCCCACGGGCACCGACCCCGAGCUGGCGGCCCGCCUCAACGCCUGGAUGUGGGACCGGGGCGGCUGA